AUGACUCGGCUUGCUGUAGCAGCUGGUGUGGCGACGGUGGCUGCGUUUGCAGCCGGAGCGGCCUUUGUUGUUGCACCAACUCGGGCUCCAACACCCACCACAAGGCCACUUGCUUCCGGAGUGAGUGGAUCUGCUGCUACGCAGUCUGCCAGCUGGGGCUUGGCUGCUGCAGGCCUUGCACUGGGUGCCCAUGUGGGCCUUGCCGCAGCUUGGCGCGCGAGAGCGUCGACUGCAGCCCGAGCAGAGGGCGGAGCA